CCCACAUGAUUAGCUGUUCAUUCAAUUAUGAUGAAUGAGAAUGAGAAUGUGAAAUGCUCAACUUUGUUACAGCAUGCAUUAUUUUCCACUGAGAAGAGUAAAAUAAUGUUCAUCUUGCACAAACUCCAUACGCCACGUAUUUAACAAAACUAUAACUUGAAAUUCUGGGUAUCAUGGCCACUGGCUUAAUGGUCCCGCCUGAUUUUUUUUGGGUAUUUCACGCACAGUUUGGGGACUAAUUUUGAUUGUGGACCUAGAUCAUCAAACAAAUUUAGUAUGAUGAAUAUUCAUGCAAAAUCUUCCUCUUCGUACGAUACUGUCUUCCGAGGAUUUUGAUUGUAUUUUAGGCCAAAAGUCCCUAAAUACGGUCAUUCUGCGAAAUGAGUAAGCAACCUUUCGGACAUUUUACGCAGUCUUUAACUAAUAAGUGGAGGCGGCGCUGACUUUAAAUUAUGUCCAGGCAAAACUCUGGUGGGACUGCAUCAGUUGUUGUCACCACAGUUAAAAUCCUCCCCUGAAUUUUACACUGGGUUGUGAGAAAUUUGGGGAUUGGGUUGCCUCUGUGAAUUCGAAUUUCCUUGUUGCUUUCUUUGGAUAGUUAAGUUCUUUUUGGGUAUCAGUCAUGGAGUGGUUUGAUCAUGUUGACCUGGAUAACGAAUAUGAUAAACUGAGAAUCCGAAUGAAUCCUCCCAGGGUGGUAAUUGAUAAUGAAGCCUGUGAGGAUGCCACAUUGGUCAAGGUUGACAGUCUCAAUAUACAUGGGAUCCUUUUGGAGGUUGUUCAAGUGCUGGCUGAUUUUGACCUCAUCAUUAGCAAGGCUUACAUAUCUUCUCUUGGUGGAUGGUUCAUGGAUGUUUUCCAUGUAACUGACAAGAAUGGGAACAAGCUUGCUGAUGAGGGGCUAAUUAAUAAUAUCCAACAGGCCUUGGGAACAAAUGCUUGUGUUCUUCCUCUACUAAGGAAGUCUGUUGGAGUAGAGUUUGUGUCAGAGCACACAGCACUUGAAAUGACAGGUACAGAUCGGCCAGGGCUACUUUCUGAAGUAUUUGCUGUUCUCACAGACUGGGGCUGUAAUGUUGUUCGGGCUGAGGUGUGGACACAUAACACAAGGGUUGCCUGCAUUUUGAACGUUACUGAUAAAACUACAGGCACAGCAAUUCAUGAUCAAGAAAGGCUUUCAACAAUUAAAAAACUUCUAAGUAGGGUUAUCACAAGAGAUAAUGACAUAAGAAGUGCCAAAACUGUGGUUUCCAUGGGUAUUACCCACACUGAAAGGCGUCUCCAUCAAAUGAUGUUUGCCGACAGAGACUUUGAGCGAAUGAACACAGGCGAGAUGAUAUUGUGUGAUAAUGUUCGGCCAUUGGUAACAGUUCAUAACUGUGAUGAGAAAGGAUAUUCUGUGGUUAUUGUGCGAUGCAAGGAUAGAGCGAAGCUUCUUUUUGAUAUAGUUUGCACAUUGACAGACAUGCAGUACGUAGUUUAUCAUGCUUCCAUUGGUUCACAAGGCCUGGACGCAUAUCAGGAGUUUUAUAUUAGGCAUGCAGAUGGUCGAGCACUGAACUCAGAAGCAGAAAGGCAGCGUGUGAUUCAGUGUUUGGAGGCAGCAAUUGAAAGAAGAGUCUCAGAGGGUUUGAGGCUUGAAUUAUGCAAAAGCAAUCAUGUUGGUCUGCUUUGUGAUGCUACUCGAGUUUUUCGAGAGAAUGGUUUGUCAGUGACAAGAGCAGCAAUCGCAAACAGGGGAGAAAAGGGAGUGGAUGUCUUCUAUGUCACAGAUGCAGCAAGAAACCUUGUUGAUUUCAAGACAGUUGAAGCUGUUCGCCAAGAAAUAGGGAAAACAGUACUUCAUGUGAAAGAAAACUCUAUGCAUAUGAAAUCAACCCCACAAGAGAACAGGAAUAGGUUUUCAUUCACUGAUCUAUUCAAACCCAAAUCUGAACAUUUUCCGUGCAAUCUAAGGUUUAUAAAACUUAAUUUUUAAACCUUGUGAAUGCAGAACCAAGACUUGUUACUGAGAGACCCCUCACCCAACUUCUCCAAACCUAUGAUGUCCAUCCCCUCUCCAUAAAGAAAUCAUCACAUAUGCAUGGAAGGUUUCAUUAUUUGUAUUAGUAGGAAAUUAGCAUUAUUUGGGUGGUCUCUUACAUUGCCCUCGGACCACACUUUGACUCAGUUAUUGACAUUCCACAUUUAGAGGGAACUCAACCUAUUUCUGAUUCAGAUAUCCUUUCUCUUAUGCGCUUCUGUAUGAUAUGUAGAAUAACAAAGUAGCACAAGCUUGGGAUAAUCUUGUACAUACCCUUCGGAGGAGAAUGUCCUGUGACAUGCCAUUUGAUGCCAAACAUUGUAAAUUAAUGGUCAUACAUGGCAGCAAAAUAAACACAUCCCUACCCUUUAAAUAUACAUUUGGCAUUUGUUUUGUAUGAUAAAGGUUUUAAAUACAGUUUCUGAGUAAUUCUGUAGAGCCAAUAGAGAAUCUGUAAAA